UACAGUUUGAAAUAUUUCUCUGCGGAGGUUCAGAGCGCCAGAGAGAAACGUCCGAGGAGGCAGCACACGUUCAAAAUACAUCUUAAACUUUAUUUAACUGAACGGAUAACUCACUAAAAGGCGAGGAAGUCAUUUAAACAUCGUAUCCGAAGGGAUCUUAUCUCUGCCGGAAAAUGUCUUCACACAAUCCGAGCGGAGCGAAACGGGACGAGAAGGGGAGAAACAUCCAGGUGGUUGUCAGAUGCAGACCUUUCAACACCAUGGAGCGGAAGUCGUCCUACGGCGUCGUCGACUGCGACCACAACCGCAAGGAGGUGGUCAUGAGGACGGGAGGCAUCAACGACAAGGCGUCACGAAAGACCUACACGUUUGACAUGGUGUUCGGCCCGGCUGCCAAACAGAUCGAGGUUUACCGCAGCGUCGUCUGUCCCAUUCUGGACGAAGUCAUCAUGGGAUACAACUGCACCGUGUUUGCUUACGGUCAGACCGGAACCGGGAAGACGUUCACCAUGGAGGGAGAGAGGAGUCCGGACGAACAGUUCACCUGGGAGGAGGACCCUCUGGCUGGAAUCAUCCCGCGGACGCUGCACCAGAUCUUCGAGAAGCUCUCUGAGAACGGCACCGAGUUCUCCGUCAAGGUGUCGCUGCUGGAGAUCUACAACGAGGAGCUGUUCGACCUCCUCAGCCCCAGCGAAGACGUCAACGAGAGGCUGCAGCUCUUCGACGACCCGCGCAACAAGCGCAGCGUGGUGGUCAAGGGUCUGGAGGAGGUGACGGUCCAUAACAAAGACGAGGUCUAUCAGAUCCUGGAGCGAGGAGCAGCCAAGAGGAGGACGGCCUCCACGCUCAUGAACGCCUACUCCAGUCGCUCCCACUCUGUGUUCUCGGUCACCAUCCACAUGAAGGAGAUCACUCUGGACGGAGAGGAGCUGGUGAAGAUCGGAAAACUCAACCUGGUGGAUCUGGCCGGCAGCGAGAACAUCGGACGCUCCGGAGCCGUGGACAAACGAGCUCGAGAGGCGGGAAACAUCAACCAGUCUCUGCUGACGCUCGGCCGAGUCAUCACAGCGCUGGUGGAGAAGAGGCCGCACAUCCCCUACCGAGAGUCAAAGCUGACCAGGAUCCUCCAGGACUCGCUGGGGGGACGAACCAAAACCUCCAUCAUCGCCACCGUGUCGCCUUCCUCCAGCAACCUGGAGGAGACUCUGAGCACCCUGGAGUACGCCAGCCGAGCCAAGAACAUCAUGAACAAACCCGAGGUCAACCAGAAACUCACCAAGAGGACGCUCAUCAAGGAAUACACCGAGGAGAUCGAGCGUCUGAAGCGAGACCUCGCCGCCACCCGAGACAAGAACGGCGUUUACCUGACGGCAGAGAACUACGAGAGUAUGAUGGUUCAGAUCACCGCUCACGACGAGCAGACAGUCGAGUACACGGACCGAAUCGCCGCCAUGGAGGAGGAGCUGAAGAAGGUCACAGAGCUGUUCACCGAGAGUAAAACCCAACUGGAGCAGUGCAGCAUCGACCUGGAUGAGAAGCAGCACAGGCUGGAGGAGACCAGCAGAGAUCUGCUACAGACCCGAGAGAAGCUGAGUCAGGAGGAGUUCGUGUCCUCAGAACUCGCCACGGUCCAGGAAACCCUCUACGACACAGCGGGACAGCUCCUGAGGACCGUGGACGCCAGCACCAGGGACGUCUCAGGACUCCACGCCAAACUGGACCGCAAGAAGAAGGUGGAGCAGCACAACAGUGAGAUCGAGCAGAGCUUUGCUGAGCGGAUGGAGGGAGCGUUCAGCAGCAUGCAGCGCUGCGUUCAGGAGCACUCCGUUAAACAGAAGGCCAUGCUGAGCAGCUACUCUGAGGCCGUCGACGGUCUCCUGGCGACGAACCAGGCGGCGCUCCGAGGAGCUGUGACCACGGUGGAGGCGCUAGUGGGCGGAGUCAAGCCGCUGGUGGCGGCGGGCGUGGCCAGGUGUCGGGAGAAGGUGCGGCAGCAGGAGGCGCUGUGUCUGCAGGAAAAGGAGGUUCUGCUGCAGCUGCUGGAGGAGCACCAGCAGGACAUGGAGGAGGUCCUGGUGUCUCGGACUCUGAUGGGUCUCACAGCGGUCCAGGAGCUCCACCAGACCCUGAGGGCGUCCGCGGAGGCUCAGAGAGUUCUGGCCGACAAGGUGGAGGCCAUGAAGGAGACGGGGGUCUUCCUCCGAGGCCUGGCCCAGGACCUGGCUGGGACCAGGGAGGCGGCGGUGAAGGGCCUGAACGUCCUCCAGGACCAACACCAGCAGCUGGAGGACGAGAUGAGACGAGUCCAGGAGAGACACCAGACGGGUAUGAAACAAACCAUCCAGUGUCUCCAGGACCAGCUCCAGCUCCUAAACCUGGAGGCCCAGAAGGACUUCACCGACCUCCGCUCGGCCUCCAGAGCCCUGCACCGACCUCUGCAGAGCCUCCAGGAGGACAUCAGCAGCGGCUGCAGCUCAGUGGAGCGUCGGGCGUCAGCUCAGGCCGACCUCCUCUCCUCCACCUCCUCCUCCCUCGCCUCCUCCCUGCGUCUCAACGCUGACCAGAACCAACAGGCGCUGGAGGAGCUGAGCGGCUGCUGCUCCCACCUCCACAGCUCCGUGUCAGGUCUGGUGGAGCGGGACGUCCAGUGGAGCUCCAGGGUCAGGGAUCAUGCCGAGAGCCGAGCCCAGGACCACGUGUCCCUGCUGGGGAAGGUUUCCGCCGAAGUUCAGAGCCUCCAUCAGGACGUGGAGCUGCGCUGCUCUGAGCAGCUCCGGGCGGCCGAGGAGGAGCUGAGCAGCCGGCAGGAGGAGGCGAAGCAGGCUCUGGAGUCGGUGCAGAACCAGGCGUCUCUGGAUCGGGCCGCCGUGGACCGGCAGCAGGACGAGCUUCAAGAGCACGUGGCGGCGAGUCAGCAGCUGGUGCACGGCUUCCUGCAGGACGAGCUGCAGCGCGACGUUCCCACCGGUGCCACCCCGCAGCGUCGGGAGUUUGUGUAUCCCCGGAAGCUGGUGAAGUCGAGGAGUCGCGGAGAGCUCCUGGAGAGUCUGAGGAGGCAGCAGGAGGAGCUCCGAGCCGCCAUGGAGGAGGAGGAGGAGGACGACGACGACGAGACGGAGGAGGAGGACAAGCACAGUCAGGUCGACCACGACUCUCUGGAGGAUGAAGUGAGCGCUUGUAACGAGAGCGUGGCCACCGAGCCGUCGUUCAUCGAUGAGAACCUGGUCUUCAACGAGAGCAAACGCGUUCCCUUCUUCAAGCAGAAGAAGGGCGGUAAGAAGGAGACGAAGAUCCCCUCCAGACCUAAAGCGUCAGAAAAUGAAGCCACGGCGACGCCUCAGAAAUCCAGACUUCCACUCCGCUGUCAGAACUGAGCCGGCUUUUAUUCUAUUAUUUUAUUAGCCUCCAACUACUGCUUAUACGUGUGUCUCUUAAAUGUUACGUUGCCGUUUUUACUUGUUACUUGUUUUAAUAUUGUGACCGUCUCUAAACUUUCAAGUUGUUUGUAAAAAUUAAAGAGAUUUUUACUUGUUUA